GGCGGAGGUGGUGCUGGUCCCGUGCUGGUCCGGGGCCAGCAGAGCGGGGCUGGGUGAGCUGGUGAAAGGGUCACAACCAAGGACUUCUAGAGCAGCUCUUUCAGGCAGGAGGUGACCCGGUGUGCCAUGUCAGCCUGGCUGGACUGCCCAUCCCAGGAGGGAGAGGAGCUGGGGCCACACUGGGCGAUGCCUGGAGCUUAGAUCCCCACACUCCGACUGGUUUUGGGGCAUGGCAUUAUGUUACCGUGUUUUUGGGGCAGUUCGGAGGGCGGCUCYGCUCAGCUCAGCUCGGCUCGGUGUGGCCGUGCCAGCGCAGCAGCUGAGCACCGCAGGAAUGUGGAGCAGCAGGUUGUGCCCGGCCGGGCUGUCCGUGCUGGGGAGGGGACCCCACACCGGCCACAGGUGGCUGUGCUGGGGGUCCCGUGUCCUUGUCCCUGCGCUUUGACAGCCAUCUCCUCCGUGACUUGGCUGAGAGUGUGGUACAAAGCUGAGCUCCAGUGCCUGACACGGGGACAUUUUCCUGCUUUGCCUUGUUUGGGGGGCACGUUUCCACCCCUGUGCUGAGCUGGGGAGCCCUCCCUGUGCUGGGCACAGGUACAAGGGCAGCAAGGAUGGCCACUGGUACAGGCUCUGGGCAGCACUGCACCUGAGGAGUGCUGAGAGGGGUGCAGAAAUCUGCCCCGGGGAGGCGGCAGGAGGAUCCGUGCCGGUGCUGGGACCGUUCCCAGCUGUCGCCACGCCUCGYCGCCCCCCUGCAGACAUUUUCCAGGUCAGGAGGCAGCGUGUCCCCCSAGGCAGGCAAUGAGGACGGGGACAGGGACAGCCAGCCUCCCCCAGGCCUCUCGCCUGUCACAGCGUGUCAGGGGGAUGCACCGUGUGCUGUGCAGGGACCCUGCUGGGGUCCGGAUUUUGGGGGUGCUGGGRCUGACACGCUGUGCCCGUGGGCUGGCAGGGGGAGCAGACAUGGCUCAGCUGUGGCUCAGCGGAGCCCUGGAUGCCAGGGCUGGCUCUUGCCGCCGGCACUCAGCGCUGGGACAGGAAGUUUGUGCACGCAGGUGAGCGGGUGACGGUGGCAYUGCCUGCUCGGGGCUGCCACGGGAGCGASCGAGGCCACCGCGCACCGGGCCCUKCCCUGCCCUCCGCUGCGCCGGCCGACGGCACCUGAGCCCCUCGCUGCCCGUGGCGGCCGCCCACCCCGUGUCCCGGUGCCGGCACGGAGGAUGCCCGUCGAGGCGCUGCAAGCCGGUGACACCAUGAAGGGGGUGACGGUGACGGCGCCUUUCACCUCGGCCAUGCCCGUCCGCAUCCUCCGCAAAGGGCCCGCGUAUUUCCGCCGGCACGCCGAGCCUGGGGCCGGGAAGCCCAGCGCAGURGAGAGGCUGGAGGCCGACAAGGCCAAGUACGUGAAGAGCCAGAGGGUCGCCAGCACCAAGCAGGAGCCGGUGAAGCCACUGCUGCUCAAGCAGCCCCUCUUCACCCCUGGGGUGCGCCGGGCUGUGCUCACCCCCAGCCGCAGGGCACCCCCGGGGCCGCGCCGCACCGAGGCUGCCACCCCUAAGACAUCUCUUGACCUGGAGAUCCUCAACAACCUCAUCAACCUGUGUGACAGCCCCUUCCCUAAGGCGGAGAGCCCGCUGGGCAGGGAGUGCAGGUGGCGGGCAGAAGCGCCGGCAGCGGAGGGGGCUGCCAAGCCACCGGAGAGCCCGGCCACCACCAAGGCCCCUGGCAGCGUGGCCGUGCGGAGAGUGGAUGUGCGUCCCUGUGGAGCUCCGCGGAGCCCAAUGGCACCGGUGCCUGCAUCCCCCAUCCCGGGCGGGCUGCCUGUGACCCCAUCCCGGGGCUCACCCGCCCGCCCCGAGAGCGCCCGCCGGCAGCCGCUGCUGCACCGCUCCAAGUCGGACCUGAGCGACCGGCUCUCGCGGGCCACCGCCGACCUGGAGCGCUUCUUCAACUACUGCGGCCUGGACCCCGAGGAGAUGCAGGACAUGGGGGCUGAGCGCUUCGCCCGUGCCAGCUCCGACAUCGUGUCCCUCAAGUUCCACAGCGUGAGCACGGCCAGCUCGGAGGCUGGCCACUCUCCGCCCAGCGCUGCCACGCCGGAGGGGCGGCCGGCGGAGCGUGUGCCCUACGGCAUCUCCAUCAUCGAGCGCAACGCCCGCGUCAUCAAGUGGCUCUAUGGGCUGCGCCAGGCCAGGGAGCCCCAGCAGGUCUCUGAUGUGUAGCAGUGCCACGGUGGGCACUGGGGAUGGGUUGCUCACAAGCAGGAAAUGCUGGAUGGGGACAGAGCACAGGCUGUGCCCUGUGGGGAGCAGGGAACUCUUGGCGGUGACAGGACCRUCAAACUCAACCCUGUUGUGCCGCUGCAUCGCUGGCAUCAGUGUGGUGGCCAGGCAUCCAUCGUCAGACCC